ACCAUACAACACCUGAUAGAUACCAACUUACACGCCAACAUUACUCGGGCUGCGCAAAUACUACAAUACUACAAGCAUGCACUAACUACAGCUCAACAAAGAAUCGUCACUAAGCUACUGCAACAAAAAGUCAAAGACCAUGACAUACUUAAGAUCUACUGCCAGAACUUCAGAACUAAACCUAAACUUACGUACCAACCGCAACCUAACAAACCACUUAGAUUGUAUAUAGAUACCAGCAACGUCGCUGUCGGACUGAACCUCUCACAAGGGAGUAACAAUCUGAUGAGUAAAUCCAUACCAAAACCAGCUACACAUAACUACAGUAACACCAACGAGGCCCAAGGCGGCUACGCCAUACUUAAGAAGCACCUCGCGCAAAUAAAAGACUACUGCCGAACAUUACGUAAACCUCUACUGAUUUUUACUGACAACUCACUACUCAACACCGCCCUUAACAGACCCGAACCAGAUGACAAAGGCGACGUAUACUACUUCGCUAACAAAAUACUAAGACUACUCAAAACGGUGGACACUAAAGUUACAUACUACCACAUUCACGGCAAAUUCAAUCCUGCCGAUGCACCAAGUAGACAACCUACCGGCAAAUUAAAAAUAGCCGAGAAGAGAGAUAACCGCAGAAAAUCGAAUGUGGGCCAACGACAAGUUCUAUCGCACACAAGAGAUGAACCGCACACAAGAACCUAA